ACCAACCAUCAUCAGUCUGCAUUUUAUCUUCGACCGAGUCGUUUAGAUGUCAGCUGCGUUCUAUUUAUGUUGUAAUUUUCGUGUUAGUUAAUCCGUUUUUAUAUUGGCAAUUUAAUUUAUUAUUUAAAAUCAAUAAAAACCAAGUGAGAAAUACGGCUUUCAGCUGUAUCUUCUGCGGUUGUUAUUUAAAAAAGCAAAAUAUCUUCUUGUGUGCAUUUUUAUUGGUUGAAGACUUUCUUUUUCUUAUUGUGGUAUUGGAUUUGGUGAAUAGACCGUACUGUUCGCUUAAGGCACCGUUGUUUUCGGUCACCAUAUAUGCCUUGUGAGUGCAAAAAAAAAGUAAGACAAAUUCAUUGAUUGAAUUGGAAACUCUAUAAGUGUCUUUGCAGAUAUUGUAAAAUAUUGUUUUCAUGUGUCGGGGUCGAAAACUAUGAAUUUUCUGAAAAUUUCUCGGGUUUACGACUCGGUAUAUGAAAAAUAAUGUACAUGUCGGUCUUGUCCGGCGAUUUCUAGGUAUUUUUGCAUACAGAGAGAACACACAAAAGAUCCGGAAAACUGCCCAUCAAGACAGAUAGACAUAUUAAUAUUGUACAAAUUUUUCGUUUUCCUAAAUCUCCAGUCUAAAACUUAAUUUAAUGAGUGCUAUCGUUUCUGAAGAAGUGAAAAGUUGACUAAAAAAAACCUGCGGGGAACUAAACUAGCAUACAAAUAUCUAUGUAAAUAAUUAAACCUGCCAAUUAAAUCAAAGAAUAGCGUACAGUGAAAAUAUCACCAUCAAAAACGAAAAAACAACAACUGAUAAGUGACAUUUUUGUAAAAGAUAUGCGCAGUGAAUAUAUUUUCAUUUUUGAGAAAAACUAAAAUUAUACCGUUGAGUGUCAUUUCGUUGUAAUUCUAAUGCCAUCAAAGGAAUAAGGUUAUGCUGCCACGUCUGCAAUAAAUACACGAGAGUAUCCUUGAGCGGAUCACGAUUUGUCUGAAAAUAAAACCACUCGGGAAACAACCAUUUCUAACAACGAAUCGAAACCAUUCCAUUUCAAGACUGUCAUCUCAAUUACACAAUAGAUACAUUGAAACAACAAUGCAAAUGGUAUAAGAAUAUCACACUGGUGUGCAAAACAUUUGUUACCGAACUUCAAUAAAUUGUAACAAGAGAAAUUUCACCCUCGUUUCGUAUACUAUACCAAAAUUUUGCGAAAUAAUACAGUCCGAUAUAUACAUAAUACAGCGCAGCGAGAAUAACUUCGGUUAAUUAGACGCCAUGGAAACAGAAGAAGUGAUAAAGUUGGUUGACAAUAUAUACAAGAAUAUUCUGGAGAAGUUCAAUCCUGGAGCACGACAGUUAAUAAGUGCCGGAAAAGCAUAUUUAAAGGCACUCCAUGGAACAGCUGCUGCGUCUCGAGUAUUCAAUGAAGCACUUGCCAAAAUAGCUGUUAAUGCUCAACAAGGCGGAACAACUGAUAUUGGUUCUGCCCUGAUGAACAUCGUUGGAGUGUACAAAGAAAUUCAAGAUCAACAUAUGAAUAUUCUGAAGGCGUUUUACGUGGACUUGCUGGUGCCGCUUGAAACAAAUCUAGAGAAAGAUACCAAAGUUGUGCAGUUUGAACAAAAAAAAUUCUUGCAACAACAUAAAAUUCGAGCAGACAGUUAUAGUAAAGCUGCAGCUACAAUGAAAAAGCAACGGAAAAAGAAAGCCACUUCACAAAAUGCUGAUAAGGAAAUAAAGAGUAUUCAAGCAAUGGAUGAAGAAAAAAAUAAAUUGGACACAUUUUGCGAACAAAGUCUGAAGAAUGCAAUGACUCAAGAGCGACGUCGUUAUGGAUUCGUACUGGAGCGACAAUGUUCGUUGGCAAAGCACUGGAUGGCAUACCACUCGGCUGGUAAAAAUUGUAUUGCAAGCCAGUUGGAUAAUUGGGAAGAAAUUUCAGCGUCCCGCGAAUUUCUGCCACCAAACAUGGAAAAUAUUUUCGCCCGACAGAUGAUGAUGGAAAACGAUGAAAACGACUCGGAACGGGGUUCUAUAAUAUCGGCUAUGCGAAAGACACGUAGCAUUGACGCAUCAUGUUUAGACAUGCGAUCGAUUGGAGAUGUUGUUAACGCCUCGUCUAUGAACAUGCCUAGAGCUAAGUCGGAAUUUAAUUUGACAUCUUCGGUUGUUGAAGCGCCAAAAUGGGACCAACGGACAAUAUCCCGCGGUCUAUAUGCCUAUUUGUCGUCUGGAGAAAACCAGUUAAGUUUUUUGGAAGGUGAUCGUAUUGCAUUAGUUGGUGACAGGGCUAAAGGGUGGCAAUUUGGCGAAAAUCUUCGAACUCACACAUUUGGCUGGUUUCCGGUUGCAUAUACUGAACUGGAACAUGAAGAUAAUCACAGUAAUUGGGGUGCAACAACGAAUCAACGAAACGAACACAGUCAGCAGCAGCCUUCACAGAAUCCAAGUGAUCAAACUCCCGAUUCGUCAUUGGAAAGUACCAUUGUCGAUGAGUCCAUUCCGUCCAAAGUGAAUGCAUAUCACGAUGAUUCAUCGCCAACGCGAAUGUUUGGCGACACCAUUAUGUAUCGUCAAUCGAAACAAUUCCGUCGUAUCAGUGGUGGCGCUCCAAAGCCUGGUCCACCACCAACGCUGCCAGCGCCAGUUCCCACACCAGUUGUGCCUGCUUCGUAUCCGAAAACUCAAAGCUCUCACAGUUUUUCAUCGGCUGCAACACCGAACGCAGAAAAUCGAAAAUCAAAUUAUACCAAACAGUCUUCGUCGUCCAAUAAACCGAAACCUCGGAACGGUGUGACCAAUGCUUCGUUGCAUAGUAGCAACGACAGUGGUUUUGCAAAUGAUCCUCCACCGCAGCCAGAUGUUGACUAUUCUGAUGAAGAAACGCUCAUGCGUGUUCCAUUAAGAUCACAUCAAAAGGAAACUGUUUCCACUCUCACCAAACAAAAAUCACGCAUUCCGCGUCGUUCCAACGACAGUGACACACUUCAAUCGACCAGGAAAGGACACUCAUCCAUGAGCAACAUUCACGCUCAAACAAACAAUCGUUCGCACAGCUAUGGCAAUUUAACCGACGAGAACAGCACCGAUUUCCUUUAUCGCACCAUAGAUCGACAAAACGGGAACAUUGUAAAGCGAACGAAAUCUUUCUGGAAAUUCGGCAAGCAUGACGACAUUCUGGAGGGUAUGGCAAUGUGGAAGCACAGAGAUUUAGUCUUAACCGAAAAUGAAAAGAACGAAGAGCGGACUAUCAGAGAAACAACAUUGAGACGUCGAAAGAAGAGUAACGACAACAACAACACCAUUAGCACAAACAGUUCAGAAACAUUAAAGAAUGGUCAAACCGGUCAAGGUGGAAAACAUGAACUGCUCAGUGGCAAGCCUAGAGAUGUCUUGAUCGUGAAUGAUAGCAGCAAAUAUCAUUUGACAAAGUCCGACAUCGAUCAGCGAGUUUCAAAGCAACAAGAGGAAAAUAUUUACGGAGUACAGAAGCCACGAGUAGCGCAAAAUUUAAAUUCCAAUCGGGGCAAAAUGAUGCGACAAACUUACACUGAGGAUGAUAUGGAAAAGGAAACUCGUCGACAACCGCGAUCCGAGAAGUAUCGAGGAAAUCGUGCAGACACUAAAAUUCCAUCACAUACUUCCAGUAACCGGAAUGGAAACAACAAUAAGAUCAUCAAUGGUAGCAUCCCGAAUAACAGCAAACACAAGGUGAAUCGAAGUAACUUAGAUUACAGCUACGACUCAAGCCGCGAGAAUAUGGAUAGUCUUAGCCAGAGCUUUGACGAUUCUUCACUGAUAAUGAAUGACCCAUCCGUGCGUGUGCAAGAUACCAAUUUCUACGAUGACGAUAGUGUUGACGAUAUGCAAUUGAUGAAAACGGUCAAACGUCAGGAAAUCCUCAAACAAUAUUAUUCCAGUGGAACGGACACCGAACGAAACUCAUCCAGUUCCGAUCCGUACGACUGCAUUGUGGUGGACGAUCAUCUAGUGCGACGCAAAAACGAGGAAAACAAAAAUCCUAAAAUGGAUUUCAAAACAUUCCGUGGCGACGAUAAGGAUUCGGGUAUGGAAUCAUCGCGAACGGCAACAUUGCUACCCAGAACCAAAUUGACGAAAACAUCGUCGAAUGAACGUAGCAGUGGACAAAAUCAAAUGAAACACUCGGCAGAUAAACAACGUCACAGUAAUGGAAAAUUGGAAAACAAACGGCCGUCCAGAGACAUUGAAAAUAGUUCUGCUAAGUCCUAUGGGCCGUGGUAUGAUUUGUGGGCCGGUGACGGUACAUUGAAGAAAUAAAAUUUGAAACCAUCAUAUUAUAGUCAGACAGGAAACUGCAUCGAGGACUGCCAUGUUAGGGAUUUUGAAACUAAAUUUUCUUGAACACAAUCCUUGCCUUUUUCGAAAGCUUCUCACGCCAUUUUUGCGUAUUCUUCUAUUUCUCUAUUUCAUAUACGGUCUUGCUAUAUAAAAACAAGAGAACAUUACCAAGGCUGUAAACUUGUAAACUUUGGGGAGACCACGCAAAUACAGAUACGCAAAAGUCCAUUCAUAAAAAUUUUUAUGAGUUACAACAACGCACUUCAAGCAUGAGUAGUACACUAAAUAGGGUACUGAAA